AUGGCAAGCGUACCUACAUUACAUGCCUUCUUGUGGCUCUCAGUCACCUGGAUACUAUAUAAAAGUAUUAGCCUACUGUAUAUUCGCCGACAGCAUGCUAUCAAGUCUCGUAAACUGGCUUGUGAACCAGCGCCAUUAUGGCCCGCCACUAAUUUGGGAAUCUCGACGAUCAAACAGAUGAUGGCGGCCCAAAAAGCAGGCCGAUUUCCCGCCUAUCUCCGUGAGAGGGAGGAAGUCUUGUCUGAAUCGCAGAAGAGACCCGUGCAUACCAUGCGCCUGUCUAUCCUUGGCAAUGAGGCUCAUUUCACCUCGGAUCCCAAGAACAUACAAGCUUUGUUGGCAACCCAGUUCAAAGACUUCGGACUAGGAUCUGCGAGGAUUGGCAAUUUUGGUCCUUUGAUGGGCGAUGGCAUUUUCGCAUCAGAUGGCAAAAGAUGGGAACACUCUCGAGCAUUACUUCGUCCCCAAUUCGCUCGCGACAACAUCAGCAACUUGGAACUUGAAGAAGUGCAUGUGCAGAACAUGAUGCAGGCUCUGCCUGUGAAUACCGACGGCUGGGUCGACGAGACUAAUGUUCAGCUCCUUUUCUUCCGGCUCACCCUUGACAGCUCGACGGAAUUCCUCUUUGGCGAGAGCAUUGAUACUCAGCUCGCAGCUCUGAGAGGCGGAGAAGCUGGUGCAGCAGCAGUCUGGAAAGACGAAAAAGUGUUUGGCACUGCUAUUGACAGCUCUCAAAGCUAUCUUUUCAAAGGCGCACGAUUUGGGAACUACUACUGGAUGGCUCACGACAAGCACUUCAAGAAACUGUGCAAGGAUGUCCAUAACUCCGCCGACUACUACGUGGACAAGGCGAUCAAAGCACAAGGCUCCGAGAAGCGAAGACCUUCAUUGACGAGAAAAUUUGUGUUUCUCGAGGAACUCGCCGCUCAGACACAGGAUCCUGUUGAGCUACGCACACAAGUACUCAACAUUCUGAUCGCUGGCCGCGAUACUACCGCUUGUUUGCUUAGCUGGAUGCUGCUGCUUCUAGCUAAGAAUCCAGAUGUUUUCGAGAAGCUCCGCGAAACUGUCAUUCAUGACUUCGGAAACUAUGAAAACCCUCGGGAUAUCACAUUUGUGUCUCUGAAGGACUGUCAAUACCUCCAACACUGCUUGAACGAGGCUCUUCGCGUGUACCCCGUCGUACCUAUGGAUGGUCGCCGUGCUUUGACAGAUACAACGAUCCCACGCGGUGGUGGCGCCGACGGUCUGUCCCCUAUCUUCAUUCCUAAGGGUACCGAUGUCAGCUAUUCGGUCUAUGUUAUGCACAGACGCAAGGAUAUCUGGGGCGAGGAUGCUGAUGAGUUCAAGCCAUCGAGAUGGACCUCGAAACGACCUAGCUGGGAGUAUCUGCCCUUCAAUGGAGGCCCUAGGAUCUGCAUUGGCCAACAGUUCGCACUGACUGAAGCCAGCUAUGUUAUGGUCAGACUGCUUCAAAGAUUCGACAAGAUUGAGCCUACAGGACCGACGUUAGACCCUGAGCCCAAAAUGCGCCUAACGCUUACCUGCUGUCCUGCAGACGGUGUCUGGGUGAGAAUGAGGCAAGCGAAGGACGUUACUUCCCAUUGA